GCAUGCCGCUGCUGAUCUGAGUCUACGUGCCUUCUGCUAGUGUCACGUUGCGCGUAAUUUGUCGAUCGUUUGAUUGUUCUUGGAAUUAUCUUCGAUACUUUUUUUCUAAUGACUUCCACAUUCGUCGUUUUGCAUUAAAAUUGGUCAUUCACUACAGCUCAAUCCAUCAAGUACACAAUGCUGACAACUAAAUGUAUUUUCCGAGCGUUGUUAGCCGUGAAAGAUGUUCCUCUAACAGCCCCAAUAGCCUUAGGGUUGAAGCAUUUUCCAUUGCCGAAACAGUACGGAGAAAUCGAGUUCCCUGAACGUCGAAAAUUGAAGCCUAUAGAUAAAAUGCCGCAGUUUCCUCCCAAUAUAAGAGCACCAAAAAUGCAGAAGAGAUUGCGAUACAUGCGCGGACCUGAAGUUGUGCAUAACACACUCUUGCACAAGCAAUACGCGAUGGUUGCCACCAGAGGCGGUAGAUUGAGGUGGGAACACUUCGAAGUGAUACGACUGAUGGUCAAUCGAAUGAUCGAUACGGACCGAAUGUUUGCUAUUUGGAGAGUAGAUCCGCCUUGGCAACCGGUCACCAAGAAAGGUCAAGGACAGAGAAUGGGUGGUGGAAAAGGAGCAAUCGACCACUACGUCACCCCGAUAAAAGCAGGUCGAGUGGUAUUCGAGAUAGGAGGACAAUGCGAGUUUGUCGAGGUGAAACCCAUCAUUGAUAAAGUUGUCGUAAAAAUGCCUUUUGCGGCCGAAGCGACCAGCCAGGAAUUGAUGGAUAAAAUGAAAAUGAGAGAAGAAAAGGGGAAACAACUCAACAUGAACGAUUGGUCGUUCGAGUAUAUAAUAAAAAAUAACAUGGGAGGAUGCCAUCAAUGGAUAUCUCCUGUCGAUAGAAGGUGGUUUGGUAAACAUCGUUAAUCAAGAAACAAACAUGUCGUGCUGUAACUUGUAGAUAAUUUUUUUUGAAUAAACCGAACAGCUAAUCUAAA